UCAUGUACUCCGUGUAGUGCGGGAACUUUCAUUGAUAGACACAGUAAUUUCAUGAAAUGCUUUCCCUGUGCAGUCUGUGACCCAGGCCUUAAUUUAAAAAUAUAUGAGGAGUGCACCUCUACCUCAAAUACAGUGUGUAGUCCUUUGGAUCAGCACUUCUGCACUGAACGGGAUGAGAAGGGGAGCUGCAGGAAAGCAGAAAGACACAGAAUCUGCGAGCCCGGACAAAUUGUCAAACAGACGGGAACAGCAUCUACUGAUACCAUAUGUGAAGAUUGCGGCAAUAAAACCUUUUCAGAUGGCCUCUCUACAUAUUGCAAACCACACAGAGAUUGCAGAUCUGAGGGACUUGUUGAAGUGCAACCAGGAAACCGUUUCUCUGAUUCCGAAUGUGGACAGCAAUCUAUGACUGGUCUCAUAGUUGGGAUUUCUGUGUCACUUGGAAUAGUUCUGUUAAUUGCAGCAGGAGUGAUACUCUUUAUACUUGGAAAAAGAAGAGGACAGAAGAUGGCACAAUCUUACACAGUAAACAAGGGGACACCCAAACUACAACAAGUUUCAUCCACGCUUAAGGAACAAAGUGAGCCUCUGGUGCGGAUAUCAGCAGCAGUUGAUGGGGUGCGGAUAUCAGCAGCAGUUGAUGGGGUGCGGAUAUCAGCAGAAGUUGAUGGGGUGCGGAUAUCAGCAGUAGUUGAUGGGGUGCGGAUAUCAGCAGGAGUUAAUGGGGUGAAGAUAUCAGGAGUCGAUGGGGUGCGGAUAUCAGCAGGAGUUGAUGGGGUGCGGAUAUCAGCAGGAGUUAAUGGGGUGCAGAUAUCAGGAGUCGAUGGGGUGUGGAUAUCAGCAGGAGUUGAUGGGGUGCGGAUAUCAGGAGUCGAUGGGCAUUUACAUUGUAAAGGCACUAUAUUGACAAUCAAUACAUUACUCCUGCUUUGUGAUGUUGCCUAUGCCUGUGGCCGUGCAGAAUAUAAAAUAGGUGAAGAAUGCUGUCCUAUGUGUAGUCCUGGGUCUCAUGUUUAUAAGCACUGUACAGAAUACACCAGCACCUCAUGUGUGCCUUGUGUUGGGGAAACUUUCAUUGAUGAGCCGAACGGUCUUUCUCAGUGCUUUCGCUGUGCAGUCUGUGACCAAGGCCUUGGUCUGAAAACAUAUAAGGCGUGUACCCCCACCUCAGACACAGUAUGUGGCCCUUUGGACCAACACUACUGCAUUGAUCAAGACAAGAAGGGAUGCAGAGCAGCCCAGAGACAUACAAACUGCAAGCCUGGACAAUUCAUCAAACAGAACGGAACAUCAUCUACUGAUACCAUAUGUGGAAACUGUCUGGGUAAUACUUAUUCAGAUGGAUUUUUUACAUCCUGCAAACCACACACAGACUGUAAAUCCAAAGGACUUUAUGAAGUGAAGCCAGGAAAUCCUUCAGCUGAUGCUGAAUGUGGAGGGAAAUUUUUGGAUGGUCCCAUAGUUGGAGCUGUAUUUGGGAUUGUAACGCUAAUAAUUGCUGGGGGUGUAUUAUUGUUUUUCAUCAAAAGGAGAAGGAAACAGAGACAGGGAACACAACAAAGUACAGAAAUGAAUGGGGUGCAGCAACAAGAUACAGAUUCACCAUUUUUGGGCAACGGUGCUGAGCCUGCCACUGAUCCCACCUAAGGCAGUGAACAUUUCUUCUCAGACCUCUCAAUGUGAAAAGUUUGGUGGUCAUCUGGACGGGAAAUGGGUGUGAACAUCCUUCUGCUAAAAAGUUGCAGCUUGCUUCAUUUUAAACUGUAAAACUGAAACUGCCUCCCUGGAGGUUUUCCAGCAGACUGUCUGGAUUACUGCAAACAUUCUGCCCUUUGUACAGCAGAUAUUAUUUUCAUUUUCUUCAUCUGAAUCUCUACCUUCAAAGGCACAUAGGUCAUGUUGUGCUUUCAUAAAUGGGGAUAUCUGGUGUAACAGAUGUUUCUAAAUCACCCUUAGAAGACCAAUUUACAUGUUUUGGAUGUGAAUUUGUGAAGUUUCUCUUUUUGGGGUGCCUCAGGUAAAUCACAGGAAAUGUCUCUCCAUCCUUCAGUAGCAUUACAUUCAGUAAGUAAUAAUGUUGUAGCAGAGUUCCAAUGGCUCA